AUGCGGAUUUCUUUCAUUUGUUUUUUCUCUGCCCAUGCUGCUAUUUUACGCAAGUCACGAGGCUGCCUUAACAUUGAAACAGCAACACUCUCUAGAAAUUUGUUUCUAUUCGUCUUUCUUUUAUUUUUUUUAAUUAAUUUUCAUUUUUUCUUUCUUUUUUUUUUUUAUUUGUUUUCUGCCUUCUUCAUCUUUUCAUUCUCUUUCUCUUUUUUUAAUUCCUUUUCAUGGCUUUUCUUUUCUUUAUUCCUCUCAUCUUUCCCCUACUUUUAUCUAUUUUCUCCUUUUUUCAUAUAUUCUUCCUUCACUCUCUAUUUUCCCUCUACUUCUUCUACUCCUCAUCGUUCUCCUCUUCUUUCUUCAACUACACAGUCCCUUUCCUAUUCCUCCUACCUAUCAUCAUUCUUCCAUUCUUUCUUUUCUUACUUAUUUUUCUUCUCCGAAACUCAGCUAAAUUCCCUGUUUGAAAAAUGUUCAUUAUCUUUGUUUACAAUAAACCAGCCGAAUUUUCUGGCCUGCUGA